UAUGGUGAGGUGAUUAAGUUUUAAAGAUGGCAGCCUGCAUGGGUUAUUGGCAAAGACGCUUCUUCUUUUUCUUAUCUUCAACUAGACAUCGAUCAAAAUGUCAUAUUUACAGAAGAUAUUUGAACACCCGAACUCGUCGAUCAAUCGAAAUUGAUAUCAGCCCCCAAAACAAGAUGCUUAUUGAAAUUGGGAGCAUGGCAAGAUUUGCAGAUGGCUCCGUUGUAGCUAAGUGUGGUGAUACUGCUGUACUUGUGGCUGUAACCAGCAAAUCAGACACCAAUUCCAGUGCACAGUUUUUACCUCUAACAGUAGAUUACAGGCAGAAAUAUGCAGCUGCUGGACGUAUACCCACUAACCAUUUACGACGUGAACUAGGGCCGUCGGACAAAGAAAUAUUGACAAGCAGAGUAAUAGAUAGAUCUUUAAGGACACGCUUUCCUAGUGAUUAUUUUUUUGAGACUCAGAUCACUUGUAACAUGUUAUCAAUUGAUGGGGUCAAUGACCCAGAUAUCGCAAGUAUUAAUGCUGCUUCUGCAGCACUUUGUAUUUCUGAUAUACCUUGGAAUGGACCAGUGGGAGCAGUAAGGGUUGGUCUUUUAAAGGGAAAACUUGGUAAUGGUCGUUUUGUCAUUAAUCCUUCACGGAAGGAACAAAGUGAAAGUGAUCUUAAUUUAGUUAUUGCAACAGAUGUAGACGACAAUGUAGUAAUGUUAGAAGGGGAAGCAAACAAUAUACCAUAUCGGGAAUUUACAGAUGCUGUCCAUUAUGGUGCACAACAUGCAACACAUAUUGCAAAACAAUUUCAGAAGUUUCUAAAUGGAAAUGUAUAUAAGAGAAAAUAUUUUCAACCAAGUCAAUUGCCAGAGGAAAUGUUUAAAGAUAUUGAAUUGAAAGCAUCUGAAAGUAUUAAUGAAAUUUUAAAUACAGCUAGCCAUGAUAAAAUAUCAAGGGAUAGAAGCUUGCAAAAUACAAGAUUUAAAGUAAUAGAAAACCUAUCAAAUAAGUAUCAGAGCAAAGAAGAGGUUCAAGAAUUGCAUUUAGUUUACAAUGCUGUCGUUAAAAAAUUGAUUAGAGAACAGAUUAUAUUUCAAGGUGUUAGAUGUGAUGGACGUUUAAAAGAAAAUUUGAGAAAUAUAAGCUGUGAAGUAGACCUAUACCCUCCUCUUCAUGGCUCCGCCCUCUUUCAGAGAGGUCAAACUCAGGUCCUGAGUACUGUAGCCUUUGAUUCAAAGUACAGAGGUUUCAAAAGUGAUCCUAUAUCAGUACUGACAGGAGAUACGAAAGAAAAGAACUUUAUGCUACAUUAUGAGUUUCCAUCCUAUGCAGUAAAUGAAUUGAAGGCAGGGGGAAGUAAGAACAGACGAGAGUUAGGACAUGGUGCAUUGGCAGAGAAGGGCUUACGUGCAAUAAUUCCCGAAGAAUUCCCAUUCUGUAUAAGACUUACUUGUGAAGUCUUAGAAUCAAAUGGAUCAUCCUCAAUGGCAUCUAUAUGUGGAGGAAGUUUAGCUCUGAUGGAUGCUGGGGUCAAUAUAAAGGAACCAGCAGCAGGUAUUGCCAUAGGACUGGUAACAAAUGAAGAAUCAGACCCGAAAGAAUACCAUCUUCUUGCAGACAUUUCUGGUUUUGAAGAUUUUUAUGGAGAGAUGGAUAUGAAAAUAGGAGGAACAGUAUCAGGCUUGACUGCCAUACAAAUGGAUCUUAAAAACUCUGGGAUUCCUCUUGAUACCGUAUGUGAAGCAGUGGACCUUGCUAAAAAAAAGAUAUCUCAUAUUAUUAGUAUAAUGAAAAAACAGUCCAAGCUUGAAGCCCCAAGAAACACCAUGAAAAAAUGUAGACCAGUUAUAGAAAAAUUAACUGUUACACCAACGCAGGCUCGUUCAUUUGCUGGUGUAGGUGGAAUUAAUUUCAAGAGGUUGCAGUCAGAAACAGGUGUAUUAAUCCAAAAUGUAGAUGAUAAUACCUAUGAAAUAUUUGCACCCAAUAAAGAUGCUAUGGAUGAGGCUAUGCUAAUGAUUGAUGACAUACUUGAAAGCAAGAAAGCACCAGAACUUGAAUUUUCUGCUGUUUAUGAGGCAUUAAUUACAGAGAUAAAAGACUUUGGUGUUAUGGUACAAUUACAUCCUGCAAUGGAGCCAGUAUUAUUACAUAAUUCACAGUUAGAUCAUAGACGGGUUUCUCACCCUAGUGCUCUUGGACUUGAGGUUGGUCAGAAAAUUUCUGUAAAAUAUUUUGGCAGAGACCCAACAACUGGGGCAGUUCGAUUAUCGAAAAAAGUUUUAACUGCACCAUCAGCCAGAACCUACAAGUUUAUAAAAGAUGAGAGCUGAUAGAACAACUAGGGCUAAUUGGGAAAAUGUUUUAAUCAUCGUCAUGAGUGCUUUUCAGCAAAGAAAGGAUCUCGUAAACAGCUGACGUCAAAAGCAGCUGACAUAUAGUGUAGGUAAUGUCUACAUAAAAGCUACUGUAAGAGAUUGCUGUAAAUAAGAGUUAGUGAUCAACAUAGUACAAGAAAAAACAGUGAAAUGAGUUACAAAAUCUGUGAUAGAAAAACUAAAAUUUCAUGAGAAACUCUGUUGGUCUUUAAGUGGCUUAAAACAGGGCAGGAACAGACAUGUUGAAAGAUUGUCUUUCAAAGAAAAAAACAGAAAAAUAUUCUAGUGUUUUAUUAUUUUUCUUGAUACCACAGAUUCAACUCUGUACUUGUUUACAAACCAUUGUGGAAUUUUGUUGAAAAAUUGUGUCUAUAAUUUUGUAAGUUAUUUAUUUACAUUAAAUGAUUAUAAAAAAUGCUAAACAAAUUAGAUUUGUUUCGAUGUGGAAUACAUAUACAUGGACAUGAAUCAACUUGUAACAAAUAAUCAGAGUUUUUGUUUGUAUUAAAUUGUAUGUGUGUUUUUAAACUACAUGUCAACUUUUAGUACAUGUCAAUAUACAUGUAGUAUGAAUUUUGAAUAUGUUUUAAAAUAAAACAUUAAAAUCUAUUCAUAUUCAUAUAAGAUCCUCCCAGGUUAGGUGGUCAGAUUGUGGUGUCAUGUUGGAGACAAAUCGUAUCACUGAUUAAGGGAAUUGAUUUGUACAAAUGUGACUGUCACUUGUGAGGGAUAAAACAAGGAUGGCUAUGAUAGAAGGACUUUGUAUUUGUUAGUUGCUACUAUAGGUAUUUCUUUGCUGCUGGUAUUUGAUUAAAGUUUUGAUGAAACAAGUACAAGUAUAAUAAUCAGUGAAUUAUUGAUUAUAUUGUCUUUAUCUUACUGAAAAACUUUUUUAAUCAUAAAACUUUACUUUAUUCAGACUAGGUAUGUGGGAAAUUCCAGUAUCAAUAAGAAAUAUGAUUGUACAAGCAUUAUAUGAAUAUUUAAUUUUGUAGACAUAAUAGAAAUACUUCCUAGGAUAUCAGGUCAUAAAAAUUGAACCAUGUUUUUCACCCCCAUUUAAUUACGAAUGCAGUAGGCUACCAAAAAACUUUUUGUUGCUCAUUUUCAAGCUGUACGGCAUCAAUCUUUAUUUUCAUAAAUCAAACUUAUAUUUAUGAUAAGUAUGAGAAGUGUUUUUUUGGAAUAUUUGAAUUAUAGUUCUGCCCUAACACUGCAGUAUAAAGCAAAGACUGUGCUUUAUAAUGUUUACUGAUUUAAAAUUUGUAUCUUUGAUAUAAUAUCUCUAGAAUUUAUUAUGGACCGUAUAAAUGGAAGCU